AUGAACGACGAGGAUCUCGACCAAGAUGCAACUGGUGGCUACAUUGGCGAAGCGACGGACGAUAUCAAUGCCGCCUUUACAAAUUUAUCCUUCAAGUCAAGCAUCACGGAUCACCUUGACAUCAGAUAUAGUAUUUCGGAAGAUACUUGUCUCGCCCACCUUAAGCUUCUUCAUGCUAUUCAGUCGAUGAAAGAGGAAAUUGGCUACACCGACGGUCUCUGGAAUCUCUGGAAUAUUCGCGGUAAAUGGGCGAUGGAUGAUUUACGGGCCGAUGCCGACUGGACAAUGAUUCGCACGCUUGAAAAGUCCAAUUCCAAAACCGUAACGCGGGUCGGCCAGAGCAGAAUUCGCGAGAAGAGAUGGGCACUAUUUGUCGCCCGCGCUGUCGACCGAUACGAGGCGUGGUGGAACUCUUUGGUAGAAUCCGACAUGCUGACUGAAGAAGAUAUGGCGGACCCCGAUAGCUAUAGAUAUAAAAAAUUUCCAACAUCUCGAAAACUAAUAUGGGAAGAGAAGAUGCUGCCACCCUUAGAUGUGUUAAUGAUUUUUCAUACUCACAUGCUUAAUCCUCGCUCUUUCUUUGAAGAUGCCAUUCGUUACGGUUUAGGGACAUUUUGGGCCUCUGGUAUGCCGUGGAAAUUGAUUCACCAAGCCAUUGAUGUAGAUUUCAACUACAAUGUGUCUGAUGAAGCAAAAAUACAUUGGUCGACCACAACUGGGCGUCGCUGGCGGAACCUCAAGGAUCCCAUGACGAGGGUAGUCAAGUGUCCAUUUUGUCAAGCGGAUAAUGAAGUUCCAUGGACAACCUGUGGAGUAAACAAGGACGCACAAAAUGAAGAAUAUACUGGUUUGAUUGGUAGCGGUUUUGGCGAUGGCAAGUUUAGCCACAAAUGCUCUUUUUGCGGGCAUGAGAAUUAUAAAGAGCUUCUAUCAGUGUCGAAAUUUGUUACAGAUGCUUCUGCCCUGUUGGAAAAAUCUAUACCAAUGCCGGGAACAAUACUUGACCCCCAGUAUGGCCGCCCCGAGCUCGUAACUGAUGAUAUACAUGGCCUUAGGCUUCCUAGGACGUUCCCUAAUCGCAUGAUUAAAUUAGAACUACGAAACAGGGUUCUAGAACUAAUCAAGCCACCUACUGAGACAGACAAGAAGACUACAGAGGAAAAAUCCAAGGACAAACGCAAAAGCAAGAGCAAAAGCAAAGAUGACAACAAGUCAAAAGAAGAAAUCAAGACGCCUGCUCGGUUAAGCAUGAACGCGGUAAGGGACAUGAUCCAGCAGACUCUAUCCGAUUAUAAAAAGAUCCGAAAUAUAGACUCAGACAAGGGGUUUUUUGGCCGCUACCAAAUACACACCUGGGCUGGAAUCUCAACCCGCAAAAUGAUGAGCAGAUACUGGCAAAACUUCUCUCCAUUUGCGCUUGACCUUUGCGCUGCCGUUAUGCGUCAAGGAGUCUUCAUUGAAAAGAUGGUGAAGAUUGAUUGGCUUCAUAGUCCCAAUGCAAGAGAUACCAUGUCACGACUCAUUACGAAAUAUGACAGGUUCGUACAAAUCAUGACGAAGCAUCCUACUAAGAUGGCUGUGCCGACAUUGGACGUGGAUUUGGCUUGGCAUACGCACCAGCUUAAGCCUUCGCAUUAUUACUACUACACGGUCUCGACAACUGCAAAGUUCAUCGAUCACGAUGAUAAAAUUGAUGAAGACAAGCUUAGCAGGUGCUUUGAAUGGACGACGAAGACAUACCAAAGCAUGUUUGGAGAAGUAUACAGCGAGUGUACGUGCUGGUAUUGCGAAAGGCUUGGCAAAAUGCUCGGCGUCUCAACCAAUGACAAACUUUCCGACACGUUUCAUGCGUCCGGUGAAGUUGAAACGCAUUCCUCAAGCAAAUCAGCUCACGUUUCUUUCCAUAAUGCUGUCCAAACGAUAGAAACAGCAGACCGAAAGAAGGUUACGGCGAGAGUGCGUGUACGACAGCGCCAGUGGCUUGAUCAAGAGUACAAAAAGGCAGCAAAGAGGGCAGAGAAGAAGGGUCGAACAUUGCCUCCUAAAAAAGAUUAUCUUAGUCAAUGGGGUACAAACUUCAUCAUGAACGGACCCUACCCUUUCCCCCCAUUGUUUGUACCUGGGAUAUACUACGGCUGGGAUCCAGCUGUCGUGCAUAAUGGCGUAGGAGCAUGGGCGAAUUGUGCUGGCUACACGUGCGGUAAUGGGAGCAUAGCCGCUGGUUCUUGCGGUGGGCCUGGUGGGUGUAUCAAUGGUAAUGGAGGGACUUGCGGAGCCAGCGGUGCUGGUGGGAGUGUGGGAGGAGCUGGAGGAGGAGGAGGUACCGGAGGCUGUGGAGGAGGCUGUGAUUAA